GGGAAAUAUUGGUGUCGCUGACUGAUGACGUGCUCGUAGGAACUCGCCAUGGCGGCUCAUGCAAGCGAGCUCGAGAUUGCAAAGAAGAAUUUAACUGAUGCUAUUGGCGAUAAUGUCAAACACUACUGGGCAAACCUCAAGCUGUGGUUCAAACAAAAAAUCAGCAAGGAGGAGUUUGACAUUGAGGCUCGUCGUCUGUUGCCACAGGAGAACGUCCAUGUUCACAACGACUUCCUCCUGGCCAUUCUCACACGCUGCCAAAUAAUUGUUUCCACACCAGAAGGUGCAGGGCCAUUACAGUGGCAGGGUAGCUCCGCUUCAAAGCUUGGAAAACCAAAGGGGAAGAAGAAAUGUUCCUCCAGACAAAAGUUUGAUCAUCGUUUCCAGCCACAGAACCCUCUGAGCGCCGCCCAGCCUUUCAGCCCUCGGGAGGUGGGAGGUGAGGAGGAGGAGCUGCGUCUAAGUGCCCAUACUCUGCUGUUGCCCACGCGGGGCCAGCUGGAAGCCCGCAUGAUGGUGACUGCCUUUGAGCUGGGCCUGGAUAACAUCACAGACGAUGCCGUCAGCAGCACGAUCAACGCUGUUGAGCACCACUUGAAAGACGUCCUAACUGCUGUCAUCAGCCGGCGGAAGGCUUAUAGGUUACGAGAUGGUCGCUUCCCAUACGCCUUUGGCAGUGAUGUCACACCGCAGCCGUAUCUGAAAAACAGCCUGGCUGCUUACCACAGUGUUACUGAAUGUCCCCCGCCAAGUGCUUCCCUCGGCUCUGGCCCACCACCUCAAGUGUCACCGGAUGAGGCGGAGCAACAAGCUGUUCACUUGUUGGCUUGUUCCUCUGACACUCUCCCCGCUCCCCUCCCUCCAAUCAACAUGUUUGAUCUCCUGGAGGCUUUACAGGUUCACCACGGUGUGAUGCCCUCCCACACUAUGUAUGCCCUGAACAUGGAGCGCAUUCUGUCACGGCUCUGGCACCCCAGCCACGAAGAACUCGAGCAGGACCAAGUACACCGGCAGCGCCUCGCUGCCAAAGAGGGCGUGCUCGUCAGCUGAGAACCACUAACGCUGGACUGUAUAUGAACCAAACACAAAUAUAAUACCCAUCAUGGAAAUAGAUUGGGACCCAUGUUUCUAUAAAAACUGAAUUCCCUUUUCAUAAUACCUGGAAAAUCACAUCCCUGUUGCACAAAGAGGAAAGCAUGAGUGGAGCAAGAUGAAACAUCAAUGUUGGACAGUGGACACAUGAGUGGGACCUGCACUCCAGCCAACAGCUGGAAUAUUGUUGUUGUCUGUUCGGUCAUUUUGGCCGUCAACCAACCAUCACAUCCUUUGGAACGUUAUUUAGUAAGAACCCUGUUUGUUGGUAAAAUAUUGAAAGAGUUUUUAAUUUGAGGAGAUACCAGCAGAUAAAGUACUGGACAGAAAAAGUAAGUUUCUAUUGGGUCAGGUUUCACCACUGUGUGAAUGUUUUGGAGUCGGAUAUACAACACAACUAUUAAAAUAUGUCCUACAAACACAGAACUGUGUAUCUAAUAAUGUAGCAUUGUGUACAUGUAUAGGUCUCAACAAUAUGCACUUUUUUGUUUAAAGCCCUGUACAUUACACAUCGGUGUUCACUUAAUCUGGCUCAUUAGGCCACAUGUCAGGCUGAAGUUGGGGGCAGUGUGGAGGUCAUCUAAACUUAAAUCCCGAAUAAAAAUUCUAAAGAUGGAAAUUUGUAACCCUUAACGGGUAAAACGAUGUCUGUCAGCAGAGCAUCCUUAGAGGACUUAUCAAGCAAUAAGUGAAAACACCUGUGUGGGUUUAUGGCGGGUGUAGGAUCCUUAAAAUGUGCCAGACAGCUGCCUCCCGUAUCAUCACGCCCCUCAUGAACAUACCUUGAAACUCCUAAUUCCUGAAGCAUUUACUGCUUUGUGUCUAGUUUAAAGACCAGCAGUCAGUGUUGGUGGUCCACAAUGUGUGUAAGCUAAAGUUUUCAUGUCUCAGUGCUCUUGAGUGUUUGUGUAGCAUUUAUUUCAGGUGGACUGUAUACAUUUGUAAUUUUUUUUUUCUUUCUUUUUUUUCUUCUACACAACUUGUUUUAUAAUUUCUAUUCCAGACUGUAGUUUCGUAAAAUAAAUUGUGGAAAGUGUUCAAGCUCA